AUGUCUACUUUAGAAAAUUGUGAAUCAUCUAAAGUUGACAUUAGCAAACUAGGAGUUCAGAAAAUGAUUGACAAAAAUGUUCCCAUUGUGGCUACUAGUAACUGUAACAAUGGACAUAUAAAAAGUUGUAGUGGAAAUAAAAAUGAGGAGCAGCUUCAUGCUGCUGUAGAUGGCGACUUGGAGGAUGCGUCCCCUGACAUAUCGUUGUCUUCGCAAAAAACACUUCGCUACUGUGAUGUUGAAUCAGAGACCCAUGAGGCUGGUAGUUCCCUGGAAAGCUCAGACUCGGUGGAGCACUUGAAGGAAGACUUACUGACAGAGGUAGACCAAUCAUUCAUCAGAAAGCUGUCCCUAACCCAGACUUUGAAGAAGAAUAGUACGAAACCCUUGGAUAAACAGAAGUCAAAACAAAACUAUGAGAGCUCUUCUGACAUUUCAGGAAAGAUUCAUGCAGAUAAUCAAACAGAGCAAACUUCUUCUGUCUCCUUGGCAGACCAUCAUGAAGGCAUCCCAGAAUGCAACAAUGUAUCCAGACCUGAAAGUCUUUCACUCUCUUGCUCUCGUCAGGAUGUAGAACAAGAACAUGCCAGCGCUAGCUUCAAAAGUAAAAAACAUGCAGUUAGCAAACGCCAUAAUGAACCAAACAUGAGAGUCCAAAGCUUGUCUGAAGCUGACCAUCUGGAAAGCUUGCAAGAUGAUGAUGUCAGUCAUGUGGAAUCUAACAUCUGCUUGCCCAAGAACCUUCCCCAAGGGACGAUAACCAGGAAAGGGGACAUGAUUCAGUUUGUGGCAGAUGAUUUGGUGGAGAAAAUCAAGAAGAGUAGCCCAAUGUCUCACGCAGACACUUCCAGUAAUGGCAGUCGCAGAUCCAGUGUUCGCAGUAUUGCCUCUGCUUCCUCUUCUACAUCAUUUGCCACCUCAUCUGGUGUGUCAAGAUCACCCAGUAGCUUGUGCCAGCAAAGCCCAGAUGACAUUCCCCCCAUUGAUGCUUUGGCUGUGAUAGAUUUGGAGAACCAUGCUCGGAGAGUUGCCGACAGCCUGGAUCUCAUGAUGGGCAACAUUCGAAACAGUCUUCAUAAAAUGUCGGCCAUCACGAUUGGCUGCCAGGAUGCCUACAAGCGAUCGGUGGACAUCACAUGUGACUCAGUCGAUGCCAGUAUCAAGUCCAUGUAUGCCCUGAUGGCUAAGUGUGAAGAACUCAACAGCUCCAUGAAACCUGUUGAUCAUCUAACUGUUCAGAUCAAAGAAAUCAAACGGAUUCUGGAUUUGUUUGAGGCGCAGAUGACAGACAAGUGA